AUGACGGCUUUCGCAUCUGCCACUCCGUUCCCCCAUUCGCCCUCCCAGUCUUUGCGAAAGCCAUUGCUCUCCUCCCGAGGAAGGCCCAUCAAAUGGCACAUUUCUCACUCGACCCGGGCCUCUCUCCAACCGCCACCGGAUGCCAACGCGCUCCUCGAAAAGUUGAAGGGCGGCGUGCAACACACACAAAUGCUAGCCCUUGUCCUUUUACCACAACUACCAUCUAAGCAAGCCGUGUCCCUUCUAUAUGAAUCGGGCGUCCUGGAUUCCGAAAACCGCCAAGUCCGUCUCACAGCUGUUGCCACUUUGGGUAAGCUCGGUGUGCCUCAUGAAGCGAACCGGCUUGUCACUGUGUUAAAGGACGACUCUGAUGACUACUCUGUGCGCGCGGCGGCAGCUAAUGCGCUCGGAUACCUUCUGCCGGGGAGUGGAGACGGCUCUGGCCUUGUCGGUGAGGCCUUGUCAGCCUUGGUAGAUGUAGCGACUGGCGACGAUCACUUUAUUCUGAAGUAUGCGGCCAUUGUCACGAUUGGAAACCUUGGUGACAAGUCAGCAAUGGACACUUUGAUCCCAAUCGCGCAGAACCCGGCGUCAUUACCUUUGGAAGCCGCCGCGGCUGUUACUGCGAUAGGAGAGAUUUCCGCGGUGGACAUGGUAGAGGCUAGUGUCGUAGAUGUUGUCAUCUCUCGCGCCGCAGACCGGGAAGACUUGGUUCGCGCGGCUGUCGCAAAGACUUUGAAACUAUGGGUUACUGUGGAGAGGGCAGCAUCGGCUUUGGCCCGGAUGAAAACUGAUGAGGAGAAAUAUGGACAAAGUGAUUUCGUCCGAGCAAUUUUGAACAUCGCAGAUUAAGGCAAUCUAAUAAUGAUGUACGAUGGACGGUGAUAAGCCGUGAAGAUGAGGCAAGAUGAGGAGCUGAUAUAUCCACGGAUGGAGGGGACCGCCCGCAAGAUAAUUUGUAGAUACAGCAUAGGCACGGGGGAACGAACAUUAGAACUUACCGAUAUUUGCGCAGGUGUUUAUAUCAAUGAAGUGAAGUCACGCACUCAAAUCGUGUACUCAGCUUUGGUCAGAGCGAGGACUUCGCAAUGCUCUACAAAUGAGGCGAUUCUAAGGUACCUCCACAUGAAGCAGUCGGGAGGUACGCAACAUUUCAAGGCCGGAAAUGGACUUGUUAAUAGCUGCCACAGCUAUCAUAGACAUGGUGAGAAACGAAUAUUUAGUAUUAGGCCGCUCAAGGCACUCUCGCUCACUGCUACGGGCGGAUACCUCAGUUUAAACUUUGAUAAACCA